GUAUUGAAAUCCAGACUUUGAAGGCGUCGUGAAGCGGUCUCUUUCAGCAGAGAGAGAGAGAGAGAGAGAGGAGUUCCUUUUAACGUCGUUCUCUUCUCUGUCUGUCUCUGUUCAUGAGUUCCUUUAAGGUUCUUAGCGUUUCGUUCGUUCUUCAAUAAUCUAUGAAAAACUUCACGGGAAGUUGAAAAUUACCUGAAACAAAAUGGAACCCUUCAUUUUUUCCACCACUGUUCUGAGGUUUUCGCAUGUUUGAUGUGUAAAUUUCCCACAAAGCCACGAAAAUUCUCCCACCUUCCAAAAUUUGACCUAGACUGCCCCUCUGCACACGACAAGACGAAACCGAGGAGACGGGUAGCAGUUUCCGUUCGAAAUUUCUCGACCCAAUUUCGGUGGAAUUUUCUGGGGUCUGUGAUGCUUUGCAACUGUUUCGGAGUUUUCGAUAUGUGCAAAGGAAGUGAUGGUCUUGGUCAAAGAGAGGCGCAAGAGAUUGUCACCAACAAUGUGAGGGUGUUUUCACACAGUUCUUUAAGAUCGGCCACUAAUAAUUUCCACCCUUCAAAUAGAAUCGGAGGCGGUGGCUAUGGAGUUGUUUACCGUGGAGUCUUGAGGGAUGGCACCCAAGUAGCUGUGAAAUCCCUUUCGGCAGAAUCUAGACAAGGGACACAAGAAUUCUUGACCGAGAUUAACACCAUAUCAAACAUUCAUCAUCCGAAUCUCGUCGAACUCAUCGGCUGCUGCGUGGAAGGGAACAAUAGGAUUCUUGUCUAUGAAUUCCUCGAGAGAAACAGCCUUUCCAGUGUCUUGCUCGGUUCGAAGAGUAAAUACGUGCAGCUUGAUUGGUCGAAAAGAGCAGAGAUCUGUCUGGGCACAGCAUUGGGACUAGCCUUUCUUCACGAGGAAGCCGAACCCCACAUUGUACACCGAGACAUCAAGGCGAGUAAUAUCCUUCUGGACAGAGACUUUUCUCCCAAGAUUGGAGAUUUCGGUUUGGCGAAGCUUUUCCCGGACAACGUCACUCAUGUCAGCACCCGGGUCGCUGGAACUUUCGGUUACCUCGCCCCGGAAUAUGCUCUUUUGGGACAGCUGACAAAAAAGGCAGAUGUUUAUAGUUUCGGAGUGCUCGUGCUCGAGAUAAUAAGCGGCUGUAGCAGCGGCAAGGCAGCUUUCGGAGACGGGUUCUCGGUUCUUGUCGAAUGGGCAUGGAAACUAAGAGAAGAAGGGAGACUGGUAGAGUUAAUAGACCCUGAACUGACGCAGUAUCCAGAGGAAGAAGUCAUAAGGUUCAUCAAAGUAGCAUUCUUCUGCACUCAGGCCGCCGCCCAGAAGAGACCGAACAUGAAGCAAGUGGUCGAAAUGCUCUCGAGGAAAGAGAUUAACCUCAACGACAGCGCGCUGACAGAGCCAGGUGUCUACAGGGGCCGCCGCCACGUCAGCAGCUCCGAGGAGAGCUCCUCGUCUCAGUAUCAACGCUAUAACGGGAAAGCUGGUCCACGUCAUCACCCUUCCUCCACCUCUGUUUUUAGCUUUGGAAGCAUCACUCAUAUGGCUCCCAGAUGAUUUAAUUUUUUUACUUCUUUUGAUACAGCAGUAACAUUCUUAGGUGAUAUAUCAUAUGAAAAUAUAUAUAUAUAUAUAUACACACGUGCGGGUAUUGUUAUGGACGGAUUAGAGAGUAAUGUAUUUAUUUAUUUUAAAAUCUCUCUCUUCAUAGAGUGAUGGAGAGUUGACCAUCGUUUUUUUUCGUCUUUUUUUUUUUGUAUUUAAUUAAGAUAUUUUUGGAAUA